CGUUCGGUACAAAACCCCAAGUAUCGUAUUGCACUUUUCUGUUUACGUCUGCAGACUUCCUACUAUUAUUGUUCCGACUUUAGUUAUUCAGUGCAGUGUUUGGUUUUCUAAACCAUGGCCCAAUCAUCAAUAGGAUGUUCACAUUAUAAGAGACGAGCUAUGUUAUUGACACCAUGUUGUAAAAAACAAUAUUGGUGCCAUUAUUGUCAUGAUGCACAAGAAAAUCACCGUUUAGUUCGGAAAAACGUAAUAACAAUUGUUUGUUCAAAUUGUAAUUAUCCUCAAGAAGCCCGAAAUACAUGUAGAAAAUGUCAUGUUAUCUUCGCAACGUAUUUUUGCCAAAAAUGUUGCUUAUAUGACGACACAGCUAAAGGUCAAUUUCAUUGCGAUAAAUGCACAAUAUGCCGUGUGGGGGGUUCCCAGAAUUUCUUCCAUUGCGACGUUUGUAACAUGUGUUUAAAUAUAGGUAUUCGAGAAACUCACAAGUGUAUUGAAAACAGUGGAAGAGAUGGAUGCACGGUUUGUUUAGAAGAAAUUCAUUCUUCAAGAAUGGAUUUAACCGUUCCAAAAUGUGGCCAUUUGAUUCACACUAAAUGUUUUGAAUCCUUGAAAAGCGUUAAUAUUACUCAAUGCCCAACUUGUCGUGUUGAACUUAAAAGCAUCAUGUAAAAUUAGUAUGUAAUAAGUACAUUUAACGUAUAAAAUAAAUAAAAAUUUAUUUUCGAAAGUAA